AUGUCGACAGUUGAAGGCGAACCCCGCACUGUUAUGAUUCCCAUCGCUGACGGAACGGAAGAGAUAGAGGCCAUCGGGAUUGCUGACGUUCUUACGCGAGGUGGAAUGAUGGUGACAUUGGCCAGUAUCGGUCGCAAGUUGCAGAAUAUUGUGACGAUGUCGCAAGGUACAAAGGUACAAGGCGACAUCGCGAUAGAGGCUUGCACAGAACUAUCGUUUGAUCUUAUCAUGUGUCCUGGAGGACCUGGAGCUCAGCAUUUGCAUGACUCGUCUGAGCUUAUCAAAAUGCUAACGAAACAGAAGCAUCAGGGUCGAUACUAUGGUGGCAUUUGUGCAGCACCUGCUGUUGUACUACUUCCUCAUGGACUGUUAGAUACUGGACCGGCCACGGCGUACCCAAGUUACGCGACUAAGAUGACAAUGGUUGACUAUAAGCCCAAUGAACGUGUAGUGGUGAAUGGCAAGUGCAUUACCAGUCAAGGCCCUGGAACCGCCAUUGAAAUGGGGCUCAAGCUUGUAGAGUUGCUUUGCAGUAAAGAAAAAGCAAAGGAUGUGGCUCAGGCUUUGGUAACGUAA